AUGGAGGAAGAUUUGUUCCAGCUAAGGCAACUGCCGGUUGUCAAGUUCCGUCGGACAGGAGAAAGCAACCGUUCCGAAGAGGAUGCCGUGUCAGGAGAGCACGAAGUUCAGAUUGAGGGUGUCCAGACCGACUUAGAAGCUGUAGAGUUGGAAGAUGGAGGAAUUGUGCCAAAGGACUUUGCCAACCCAACUGAUGAUACUUUCAUGGUGGAAGAUGUGGUGGAAGCUAUUGGGUUUGGCAAGUUCCAGUGGAAACUCUCCAUUCUGACUGGCUUAGCAUGGAUGGCUGAUGCCAUGGAAAUGAUGAUUCUGAGCAUCUUGGCACCUCAGCUUCAUUGUGAGUGGCGAUUACCCACCUGGCAGGUUGCGUUGCUCACAUCGGUGGUUUUCCUGGGGAUGAUGUUCAGUUCCACACUGUGGGGAAAUAUUUCAGACCAAUAUGGCAGAAAAACCGGGCUGAAGAUCAGUGUGCUCUGGACGUUGUAUUAUGGAGUCCUUAGUGGAUUUGCACCAGUUUACAGCUGGAUCUUGGUCCUGAGGGGCUUGGUGGGAUUUGGGAUUGGAGGCGUCCCUCAGUCGGUAACGCUAUAUGCAGAAUUCCUCCCCAUGAAAUCCAGAGCAAAGUGCAUAUUGCUGAUUGAGGUCUUCUGGGCCAUUGGAACUGUCUUUGAAGUCCUCCUUGCGGUGUUUGUGAUGCCCACCCUUGGCUGGCGAUGGCUACUCAUCCUUUCAGCCGUCCCUCUUAUGCUGUUUGCCAUCUUGUGUUUUUGGCUGCCAGAGAGUGCCCGAUACGAUGUGUUAACCGGUAACCAGGAAAAGGCCAUUGCUACCUUGAAAAGGAUUGCAACUGAGAAUGGUGCCCCGAUGCCUCUGGGGAAGUUGAUUAUGUCUAGGCAGGAAGAUCGAGGGAAAAUGAGGGACUUAUUCACGCCACAGUUCAGACUGACAACACUUCUGCUGUGGUUUAUCUGGUUCUCCAAUGCCUUUUCUUACUACGGCCUCGUUCUGCUGACCACGGAGCUAUUCCAAGCAGGAGACCUUUGCAGCUUGUCCAGCAGGAGGAAAAUGGUGAAGGCCAAAUGCAGCCUGGCGUGUGAAAUUCUGACGGAAAAGGACUACAUCGAUCUGCUCUGGACCACCCUCUCCGAGUUCCCAGGGGUUCUUGUGACCUUGUGGGUGAUUGACCGGAUUGGCCGGAAGAAGACGAUGGCGCUCUCCUUUCUGGUCUUCGCCUUCUGCAGCCUCCUGCUUUUCCUCUGUGUUGGAAGGAAGAUGCUCACCGUGCUGCUCUUCGUCGCCAGGGCCUUUAUUUCGGGAGGGUUCCAGGCCGCGUAUGUUUACACCCCCGAGGUCUACCCAACCGCCACCCGAGCCCUGGGCCUGGGGACAUGCAGCGGAGUGGCCAGAGUUGGCGCCCUCAUCACACCCUUCAUUGCGCAGGUAAUGCUGGAGUCUUCGGUCUAUCUGACGCUGAUCGUUUAUAGCGGGUGCUGCAUCUUGGCAGCUUUGGCCUCUUGCCUGCUUCCCAUCGAAACCAGAGGCCGCGGCCUCCAGGAGUCCACCCACAAGGAGUGGGGGCAGGAGAUGUUCGGGCGUGGCGUCCCCCAAUCGAACUCUGGCUCUCAGGGGUGAUUGCCCCACCUGGAGGAAGUCAAGUCCCAACACCCGAGAAGUGCAAUAUCUCACCACCAUCCUUGGCCCAAAGAAGGGAUGGUCAACCUGUCCUGGAUCCUUUGUUGCUUGCAUCUUCACCACCCCCACGUGCAAGGAGAGGCAUUCCAUCUGGGAGAUGAAAGUGUGUGUGUGUUUGUGUGCAUUGAGGAGGGAUGUGAUAUAACCAUGGAAAGAUCUAGCCCCAAAUUUCUGCUACGUUUGUCACGGUGGACACAGACAACAGGAGGGCCAGGCUUUGUUCUUGUUGCCAAGUGAGCGUCUUCAUCUCACACAAGCAAUCCCCCUGCCUUCAAGGACUCUGCUCUUCACGUCUCAUGUCUUCAACCCUGAGAAGCAAACAGGUUCAUAUGUAUGUGUACUCACGCCUAGAGCAGCUCACAGACACUUGUGACUUGAUCAUCAGCCUUGCACUCUUUCUGUCACCAUGAACUGUCAAGGCCCACAGACCUUUACUAGUUUAGCUGAAUCUCCUUGGCAACUGGGAUUGUGAGGGCGGAGAGGCAUUCAGAUAAAUGCUGUUCCUCUCACCGAUGGAGAACUUCCUUGGAUA